GUUUCUGCUACCACACUUUCUCUUCCACAGUUUCGUUAUCUAGUCUAGAUAUUAUUUUACGCUAGGGAUUAGGAAGAUCUCUCGUCGCUUCUCUCUCCAUCUCUCACUCAUAGCCAUGGCUGCUUUCACUUGUACCUCUCGUCCUCCCGUCUCCCUCCGUUCGGAGGCAAGAAUCGCAUCCUCACCAUCCGCUUCACUCUCUGCUCGGCGAAUCUUCACCGUGUCACCCGACUCAGCAGGAUUGAGAAUCCGUCUUUCCCAGUCUCCAGCUUCGUUGACCUCUAAGGUUCCUCGACCACGAAGAAGAGGUGUCGUCUGUGAAGCUCAAGAAACUACUACAGAUAUAGUUACAAUAGUCAACGACACCACAUGGGACUCUCUAGUUCUCAAGGCGGACGGGCCUGUAUUGGUUGACUUUUGGGCUCCAUGGUGUGGACCUUGCAAAAUGAUUGACCCACUCGUGAACGAGCUAGCAAGAGAGUACACCGGGAAGGUCAAGUUCUACAAACUGAACACGGACGACUCUCCUUCAACCCCAAGCAAGUACAAUGUCAGAAGCAUCCCAACGAUCAUGAUCUUUGUCAAUGGCGAGAAGAAAGAUGCUAUCAUUGGUGCAGUGCCUAGAUCCACACUCACAUCUAGCAUUGACAAGUUCUUGCAAUGAGACUACACUGUGAGUAUGUGAGAUCUGUGUCUUGCCCCCCCCCCCCCCCCCCCUCUGUGUACUCAUUCUCUCUGUAAUUUGUAGCUAUUUGCUUCUUCCAUUGUAUCUUUUCUUCAUCACUGAACAUCUAGACAUGGAUAAAUAAUAUGAUGUCAUGUUUUUAUGUUA